CCGUGCCGUUGAGGUGGUGAAGGAGGCGCGGGUGGAGCGUGCACGCGUAUGCCGUUAUUUGCCGCGAGAUGUCUGUCGACCUGCACGAGUGGUCGGGCCCGCUGGCCCUGCAUGAAGUGGAGGAGAAGCCUGGCCAGCCGCUGCACGUCAGCUAUGGCGCGGUGGAGAUCGAUGCUCUGGGCAAAGUGCUGACUCCGACGCAGGUACAGAACCGCCCAGUCAGCAUUAACUGGUCUGGAUGUGAUCCAGCCAAGCUUUACACUCUGAUUUUAACUGACCCAGAUGCUCCGAGCAGGAAAGCGCCAAAGUUUAGGGAGUGGCACCAUUUCAUUUUAAUCAACAUGAAAGGAAAUGACAUGAAAAGUGGAGAGAUUCAGUCUGACUAUGUUGGCUCAGGUCCUCCUAAAGGAACUGGUCUUCACCGCUAUGUCUGGCUAGUUUACGAACAACCUGGGGUGCUGACAUGUGAUGAGCAGUGUUUGACCAACCGUUCAGGUGAUAAACGUGGAACAUUCAAAACUGUAGCAUUCCGCAAGAAGUACAGCAUGGGUGCACCAGUUGCUGGGACGUGCUACCAGGCUGAAUGGGAUAACUAUGUACCAAAACUAUAUGAACAACUGUCUGGAAAAUAAGUAUAAAUUCUUGAUACUUCUAGAAAAAUGGAUUGUCAAAAAAGUGACAAUUGGGUGUACAGAGCCUGAAAACUGGUAUUAUUGAUGCUCUAUAUUCCUUUAAUAAAUAUCCACUUUAAAAGUU